AUGGUGCGAGGGCUCUUGCGCGAGAUCGCGGGGGUGACGACGCUGCGGACGAUGUCGAUCGCGUACUUCGACACGGUGACGGACGACGUCAUCGAAGCGCUGUGGCGACGCGACGACGACGACGACGACGACGACGACGACGGCGGCGGCGGCGAGGUUGUCGAAAAAACCAAAAAACGCGCCGCCGCGCCGCCGCCGCCGCGUUACGCGCGGCGCCGUCCACUCUCGCUCGCGCGUCCACUCUCGCGCGCGCUCUCGCUCUCGUCGCCGCCGCCCGCGCUGAUCACGCGUCUGGAGCUGAGCCACCUCCCGCGUGUCACGGACGCGGGCGUGCGAGCCCUCGUGGAUAACCUGCCCCGGCUGACGAAGCUCCGUUUGGAGGACUGGAAGACGUUUCGAAACCUCGAGUGGCUGGAGAUCACGUCGUGCCCGUACGUGAAGUUCACGCACCCGACGGUGAACUUUCUGAAGCCGCCGCCGAAGCUGCGGACGCUGCGUCUCAGCCCGCGGUCGAACGGCGGCGGCGGAGGAAACCAAAAAGAAAACGAGACGACGAUCAGCGCGCGCGACUUUUUGCAGCUCAGCGAAGCGCGCGCGUCGCCCAUACGCACCUUGUGCUUGGGGUGCCGGUUCGGGUACACGACGACGAAGACGAACCGUCGCGGCGUGGACGGCGACCCGGGCGGGUACCGCAAGCACGCGGUGCUGGACUUGCGAGAGGUGAAGCUCGAGUUUCUGACGCGACUGGAGCUGUACCGGUGCGAGCAGGUCGUGUGGCCGAAGGCGUUCACGCGGUUGAAUAAACGCCUGAAAACGCUCGUGGUGAACACGCAUACGGACGGUCUCGUCCUGCGCCUGCGCGGGAUGACGACGCUGCGGGAGCUGUGGAUAUGCGACGUCCGGGGGAUGACCGCGGGCGAGUUCGUCGCGUUGGGCGAUUUGAAGGGGUUAGAAAAGUUGACGUGCGGGGGGGUGGUAACGGCCGAGCUGCGAGCGUUAUGCGACGUCGUCCGCGCGGCGUGCGGGCCGACGCUGACGACCGCGCACUUUCAUCGGUGCGUGGAGUAUCCCACGGACGAGUCCGUGUUCGAUUAG